GUCGCUCCUUGGCUGGCUCCUCUCUCCGGCUAGCUCACCGAAAUGCAGAAUGUUCUGAACCUCAAAUUCGACCCUCUCCCCUCACAACGGCACCAUGGACUCUUCGAAAUUUCAGCGACGAUUCGCCCUUCACCGUUACUUUUGUCCCGAACCCAGAUUCAUCUCCCAGUUAUUUGCGCAAGAAAGGCCAAGAAGGGAUCUGGGCAUCACAGGGUAGCCGAGACUCUGCCCAAAUUGGCCUUCUCAAUCGCUUCCAAGCUUAACUUGCUCCCCGAACCGCUGGGUCUGAUUCUGGCGGAACUCAGCACUUCUGGAGAUGGCGGCGGUAAAGGUGGGUCCGGGUCUUGGAUGGGUUUCGGCGGAAGCGGAGGAAGCGGAUGGGGAAGAAGGAGAGGGAAGAGAAGCUCAUUGGUUCUGUUAGGGUUGUUUCUGGUUUCCGGUGUCGCCAUUGUGUUGUUUUCCUCUGGCAAAGUAGAUAAAGAUCUGAUCAUUGGAGUUCUGACUUCGGCCCUAGUUUCUGCAAUUUUGGUAGAAGGGUUUGGUAGAGGCGCCAGGGAUUUGGUACUAGGGUUCUGCAUCUUCGGCGUUGGAGUUACUUUGGGCUUGCGAAGAGACGAUUUGCAGAAACUGGCACAAAAGCAGGGAUUCACUGUCCCCUCAGUUUUGCAGCUUAACAAGGGAAGAAGAAUGAGAAGAAAACACAGUUCUAGACUUUGGUAACUUACCAUGGCUAAAAACUGUUCUUCUAUAAGUUCCCUUGCCGUUACUUUUUUGUGUUUGUAUUGCAAUUUUGGAGAUGAGACAUGAAACUGAUUCUGGUUUGUAGUUCUCUCAUCAGAUUGGAUGUUAAUGAUAUGAAAAUACAUGCAUUGAGCGAUGCAAAUCCUGAAAUUCCCAACUUACAAUGAAAUUCAUGUUAAAGG